AUGUCCGACUCACAGUCACAGGCGGACGGCGCGACCGCCUCUACCAAAACGCCUGUACCGCAGACCCAGACCAUCAUACCCUUCCCUACUCCUGCGGCGACCACUUCCUCGGCCGCAGAUGGUGCGACCACUGCCUCGCCCGCAGAUGGUGAGACGGUCAUCACUUUACCCGCAUGGCAGACAGACAUCGUGACGGCGCUGGGAGCGUAUCACAAGUCACUCCGGAAGUUGACCGGGUUCGCCGAUCCCAGCGACGAACCGGCGGACGGCAAUGCCGCGCAGGUCAACGCAGAGACGUAUGCGGGCGGCUCUUCGAGUGCCCAGCCCAUCCAUGCCGGUGACUCUGCCAUGGAGGACUUGAUGGAGUGCGUCGCUGCUUACGACCAGGUCCUGAACACCGCUCGCAAGAUUGCGGACGUCGACCCCACCCGACUGCUCGAGGAGAUUCAAGCACCUCAUCCAGGUAUCACCGCUCAACAGGACGCUCACACUGCUUUGCUGCGCGACCGGGAGAAGAAGUGGCUCCCCAAGUCUCUCACCUACUACAAGGACAAACACGCGGACGCCGCGGAAGCGCAUCAGGAGAACUACUCGAAGAAGAUCAAGAAAUGGUUCGACACAACGGAGAGCCUUCCUCGGCAGAGCAAUGGUCCGCUUUCCACCCUCAUCACGACCUCAGCACUCGAAGCCUUCAAGAUUCAGGCUCUGAAUGGAGUGGCAGACCUUGCUGCCAGACUGUCGCAACCAGGGUAUCCAACGAGUCACAAGGCCGCCAGCACUACCACCGGUACUGAGCUUGCAAGCGAUUCGAUCGGACAGACGGGUUACCUCUUUACCGGUACACUCACACCACAGAUGGAGGCACUCAAGCACACCUUCAGCCUGCUUCCGGACCUCCACCGGCUGCGCAGGGAGCACAAAUCUCAACUGAUGAAUGUUGCACUCAAGGCGAGGCUGAGAGACCAUCUGCAAGAGCUUCAGUCCAGGUCCAAAGACGCUCGCGCGACUGUCCAGCACAAGGAUGAGGCUGUGGACAAAGGACGACAAGAUCUGAUGCAGGUCGAUGGUGACUCAUGUGACACUGCGGGUCUCGAGGAUGAAGAUGAGGCUGUGUACAAAGUGCAGCGUGGUUCGAUGGUGGACGCCGAAAUCGCCAAGAAAGACAAGAUUUCCUUGGCUGGAGAUGCUCAUUAUGCCACUUGCGACCUGCUCCGAGUCAUCGAAACCUUCGACAAGACACUGGCGACGAUGCGUGAGCUGGCUGGCGAGGGCCCAGAAUAUGUUCUCUCUUGGUUCUACGAAAGCAAGCCUGACGAGGGCGUAAACCAGGCGUUGCGAAGCGGAUUGACCGACUGGUUCCCAUUGGCGCUUACUGAGGGUUCGAAGGCGGAUCUGGAGAAGUGGCAGAAGCAACACGAUGAGAAAUAUCGUUUCGUGAAAUACCUAUUCUCGGAGAAUGACUUCUCCGACCGCUAUGACAAAGGCAAACAGGUCAAGUCGGAGGACGUGCUCAAGCUUUACAACGAUCUCGAAGUCAAGCGCGCGGCAUUCGCUGACCAAUUCGCGGCGUCAUACGACGAGCCUCUCACCGGAGUCAGCGCUCCUUCCGCUUCUCACGGUACGGCGAUAUUGUCGGGUGUCUCCGCUGCUGAGACCCAACGUGCAAGCAGGAACGCAUUGAUCGCCCUGGCCUGGAUGCUCCCGGAAGUCAUCACGCUUCGCGUGAAGACCUUCGACCAUCUGUCCAGCGUUGCCAGCAGACUUGACUAUCUGAACCAUCAUGGAGAGGCGGCGGAAACAGUGUCAUCAAAUGCGGCUGAUCAGACUGUGAUGCUAUCUCUGUAG